AUGUCGGUUCCUUCCACUGCAACACUCCACUACCCUCACCACCCUCACCAAUCUCCACCAUACGGCUAUCUAAAUGCUAUUCCCCAACAUACUAGCCUUUACUACCGGUCGAACUCCGGCACUCAACAGCCUCAACCAUCAUAUCAACCACAAAGUCAAAGAUACAGCACCGAGAUGAGGCCCUCUGGGUCCGUCGCCAGCUCGGCAGCUCCAACGCCUUCUGUCACCGGAAAAAGACGUCGAAAGCAAACGCCAGACUGGAAAGAAUUCUACAAGAACGGUGUUCCUAAGGAGAUCAUCGUCAUUGAUGACACUCCUCCACCGGAACCUACUCCCAAACGCAACGCUCGAACAAAUGUCACUGCCAGCCGAGUUCCUCGACCUAUCUCACAGAACGCUUCUCUCAACGCUCGAGUCCACAACCCAGUUUCUUCACAGGCAUCGACUGCGACAACAUCGCAACCAUCUAAGAGACGCAAAAUCGCUGCGAACGGCACAACAACCGCUGCUGUAAAUCGGUAUGAAACGAAUCACGAUCCAUACGCAUCUACGCCGUACUCUGUGACUCAGACUCCGGCCUACGCGUCUCAGGGGUCUAGCGCUAAUACGGCCAGUGCUUCGUCCAGAGGUUACAACAAUGGUACCGAGACUGCCGCUACAUCUUUAGCCUCAACCAUUGGAGAUUCGGCCUCUAUCGCUGGAACGAAGCGGAAGAGAGUUACGCGAGGUAGCAUGGCGAAGAAACAGACGGACGCAUUUGCUCACUAUCAACCUCCUCCACAUCCUCCAAUCAAAGCGAAGGAGGUAGUUGUGAGAAAAGUUGAAGAUAGCCCUAAGACAAAUCAGAAAGUUGAUGACGAUGAGGGUCACUACAUUGUAACACCCGGUGCAUAUCUCACUAACCGAUAUCGAAUUAUCAAGCUGCUCGGUCAGGGAACCUUUGGUAAGGUUGUACAGGCCUUCGAUAGUCAGAAAAAUGAGUACUGUGCCAUCAAGAUCAUCCGAUCCGUGCAAAAGUAUCGCGACGCAUCUAAGAUUGAACUUCGUGUUCUGUCGACCCUCGGUAAAAAUGAUUCAGACAACAGGAACAAAUGCAUUCACCUACGUGAUUGCUUCGAUUAUAGGAAUCAUAUUUGCAUAGUCACCGACCUGCUCGGCAUGUCUGUCUUUGACUUUCUCAAAUCAAACUCCUUUACUCCCUUCCCCAGCAGUCAAAUCCAAUCCUUUGCUCGACAACUCUUCACAAGUGUCGCCUUCCUUCAUGAUUUGAACCUGAUCCACACCGAUUUGAAGCCGGAAAACAUUCUUCUCAUGCACAACACCUCAGAAACAUUUACUUACAAUAGGGUCAUACCAUCAUCUACACAUUCUAACCCUAGGAAGGCUCAGACCCGCAAGAUUCUUUUGGACACCGAUAUUAGACUGAUUGAUUUUGGAUCUGCCACCUUUGACGACGAAUACCACUCGUCGGUUGUCUCCACCCGACACUACCGGGCUCCGGAGAUUAUUCUCGGUCUCGGCUGGAGCUUCCCUUGUGAUAUUUGGAGCAUCGGGUGCAUCCUUGUCGAAUUCUACACUGGUGAUGCAUUAUUCCAGACGCAUGAUAAUCUCGAGCAUCUUGCCAUGAUGAAAACUGUCUGCAAUUCCGACAUAGAAACUCGACUUGUCCGACAGGCCAUCACCAAAACACAGAAUUCCAACAGUCCUGCCUCUAGAUUCUUCCGCAACAAUAGACUCGACUAUCCCAACACUGAGACUACCAAAACUUCACGACGUUACGUCAAAGCUAUGCGUCGUUUGGAUGAAAUGAUACCUCAAACAUGUAGCUUCUACCGACAACUGCUCGAUCUUCUCAAGAAAAUCUUUGUAUACGACCCAUCGAAGCGAAUCACUGCCCGAGAUGCCCUCAAGCAUCCAUGGUUCAAUGAAGUUAUUAGAGACGAAGGAAUCACCGUGGCUCAAAUGCGUAUCGACAGGGGCGUCGAAAUGGAGAGGGAAUUAAGGAGGAGACGUGAGGGAAAUAGCGACACAGAGCCGGAGGAUGACGAGACGGAGGCCGAGGGAGAAGACGAGUAA